UCAAAAUUUAGUCUGUGAACGCUCCUACCUUCACCCGUUCCCAUGCCCGUUCCUCCUCAUUAACCAAUGCCUAGUAUCAAACGUGGCCUUGCGGGAUCUCAUUGCUCGCUCCUGAAAGGCUACUAAAAAUCCGAAGGCCACAUAAAGUUGGGGCUCGCUCAACGCAAAGUCUCUCGGAAAUUGGCGCCUUCGCUUUUUAAAUUAGCUCAUUCCUACAUUCUGUGACUAGCGUUGUCUUUGCCCGUUCGCUCUCAAUCACAGGCGUGAAAAACCUGGUAGGAAUCCUCAAGAAGGAAGGAUGAUACUGAGAACUCCACCUCCGAAGAGGUCGCGCGGCGAAUCAAGGCCGCCGGAGAGCCCUCAGGUUGUGGCGGAUGGCCAGCUCGUUAUCUACGAGGAUCCGCCGGUGCCGGAGUCAUCGCAGGAGCCGUCCGUUUCCGGGCACAUGCUUUGCACUUAUCAGUGCCGUCAAAUGGUUAAAGUGGAUUUUCUAGACGCCUUAAGCAAAGCUGAGACGCAGGCUCGUGAAUAUCAAUCUAAGCUGGAGACUUUGAAUGAGAAUUUCGGCAAAGUUGAGUCUGAGAGGAAGAAAUAUCUGGAUCAGCUCUUAUUUGUUGAACAGGAACUUGCUGCUGCAAAAGGGCGUGAACAGGCACUACAAGAGCAGCUUCUGAAGGAGGUCUCAGAUUCGCAAGAUAGAUUGAGAAAGCAAAUACAAUUGAACGGUGAACUUCAGGUAAAGCUCCAAACUGAGACAAACCUUCGUAUGAAAGCUGUGUCUCAUGCGGCUUCAGCAGAAGAGAAAGCAACCUCUUUAGAUGGGAAGCUAGGCCAUCUAUCGGAGAGCAUAGAGAGGGAAAAAAAGCGUCUUCAUGAUGAGCAUUCGCAACUGCAAAGUGACUCAAAGCUCUCUGUCUCUAGAAUAACUGCAAAUCUGGAACGAAUGGAAUGCAAAGCUAAUAAUGCUGAGAAUGAAGCACAGCUGCUUAAAGACCAGCUGGCUCACCUUAGGAAGCAAUUUGAUGAGUGUUUGCGCCAGAAGAGUGAAGCCGAGAAAAAGCUAUCAACUUUGACUUUUCAAGAAGCCAAUUCAUCAAAUAAUGAUUCUUUGAUUAAACAUCUGCAAGAGGAGCUUCGGAAUUAUGAAUCUGAAGUAAGGGAAGCAAGAAAGCUAAAAUCGUGUUUUGAGGACAAUGAGCUUUUGAAAGAGAAGUUAUUGGAGGAAAAAAACCGUAGAGAAAGGGCAGAGUCAGAACUAUCUAAACUACAGGAAGUCCAGCUAAGUAAGGAGAAGUUAGAAAAUCAAUUGUCAUCAUGGAAACUGAUGAUUAAGGACAUUCCUGGUGUCUCAAGUCUUGAGGAUGUACCUCUGAAGUUUGCUGCUUUACAGAAAGAGAUCAUUGAUAGCACAAUGAAGGAGGGUGAAGGAAAUGCCCGCUUGAAACAAUUGGAGGUGGCACUGGAUGCUGCGGAGAUUGGUAAGCAAAAUGCUGAAACUGAGGCUGCGUUGGCCAAAGAGAAGGCAGAAUCAUUGAAAUCAGAGAUUAAACAGAUUGAAUUAACGCUUGCUAUUGUUACUGAGGAAAGAGACAAAUUAAGAAAUGCCACCAGUUUGAAGAGUGACAAAGCUGGGGAUGUGCUGGCAAGUUCUAAUCUUGUUCAGGAUCUUGAAUCUUCUCUUGCAAAAAGAGAUGGCUGUAUAAAGGAACUAGAAAGUACCUUAUUAGAACAGAGAGCUGUUAAUAAUCGACAGCAUGAGGAAAUAAAGCUACUUAACGAGAAGUUAAAUAGCGAAGCUAGAAGAAUAAAGUCAUUGGAGAGGGAGAGCGAUAGGCUUCGUUCAGAGAUUGCUCUAUUGGAGGCAAAGUUGGGCCAUGGUGAUUAUUCUGCUGCAAAUACAAAAGUUCUUCGAAUGGUGAAUACUCUUUCUGUAGAAAAUGAGGCCAAACAAACCAUAGAAGCAUUACAAACUGAGCUGCAAAAAACAAAAGAGAAGUUAAAAGCUGUUGAAGAAUUGAAGAAUCAAUCAGGUGAAGCUGGAAGAUUUGUAGAUAACUACAUAUCAGAUAAGCUAACACAAUUGAAAGAACAGAUUGCUACUCUUGAGAAAAGAGAAGAAAGAUACAAAACAGUGUUUGCAGACAGAAUUUCAGUUUUCAGGAGGGCAUGCUGUGAACUUUUUGGUUACAAGAUUGUGAUGGACGAACACCAGCGGUCAAAUGGAAUCCCGGUGACUCGAUUUACCCUGCAAUCAAUUUAUGCUCAAAGUGAUGAAGAGAAACUUGAAUUUGAAUACGAGUCAGGGAAUACCAACAUUUUGGCAAACGAUUACACAUCACAGCCUGAUAUAUCCCGUCAGGUUGAGAUAUUUGUUCGGAAGAUGAACUCAAUUCCUGCUUUCACUGCCAACUUAACGGUGGAAUCAUUCAAUAGAAGAACUUUGUCUUAGAUGCAAUGAACUUUACAGUCUACUGUCCUUAUAAUAUAAAAUUUCUAUAGCCAAUUAUUUUGUAUCCUUGACUUCUGGAUUUUGGUGAACUAGUAUAGCGAUUCAGCCAUUGAGAGGACCCAAUUUUAUUUGGAUUGGGAAUUGGUGCGUGAUGGAGAUAUUGGUUGUUUUUCUGCCAUAAUUUGUAAAUAUGAUACAAGUUUGUGUUGGCAAAAAGGGGGGGAAAAAGCUACUAGUUUGUGAUUUUCGAGCUUUUCAGAAGCAAGGAGUAAUUUGGAGCAAUUCGUGCUGAAUAUUAGCAAAAGGGUAUUUCACCAUCACGGGGACAUGCUCAUUUCUUCGACCUCAAUAUUUACAUAAUUUUUUUCUUAGUGGCUGCGGUGAUAGCGUAAUAAUUUACAUCCAUUGUCAUGAUGCGGGGAAAUAUCCUCCCCCCCCCCCCCCAAAAAAAUAAUUUUUAUAAUUCUUCGUCCAAUGAGAGACUUGUGGAGGAUAAUCAAGGAGGUGAUAAUAUAUGGGGAAGGAUUUGGAAAUUAAAGGUGCCUCAACGCUAUAGAUCAUCAUUUCUGUGGCUUGCUUAUAAGCAAAGCCUUCUGACCAACUCUUGUCCAAAACGCCGUGGCUUAUGUUCGGAGGAUACGUGCAUGCACGACUUGUAAUCAUGUGAGUGAAGAUAUUCUUCAUGUCCUACGAGACUCUGCGAGGACGCAACAGAUGUGGAAGAAUAUCAAUACGGUCUAUGUACAGAAUGGAGGAGGGAGACAGCCUUGCUGCAGAAUUUGGUUGUUCUACAUGGUUGGGACCAUGGUCAUAGGAAAGUGGUUCUUGAAUCUGACUCCACUACUGAUGCGGUUUCCCUAAUCACUGAGGCUAUCAAUGCGGAACACCAUGGCAAUGAUGCGGUGAUGGAGACUAGAUGUUGGAAUAUUUGUAAAUAUUUAUGAAUUUGCAUUAAUUAAUAAGUCCAAAUAAAUUGAUUUUUAUCAUCUUGUAUGAAUUGUGAUAGAUGGAUCAUAUGAGUGAGUUCAAUAGAUAGAGGCCCAA